AUGUGCCAAGUGCAAAGAGUCGUCAACUCGUGCGGUCACAGAAACGACCACGUCCUGAUAUCAUGCUACUUCGCGAAGAACGCUUUUCCAUCUCCGUCCGCUUCCCAGCCUGAAAACACCAACAACACCAGUGCGUCAGGGACUUCCACCGGAGACACAACGAGUCCUGCUGCUGCUAUUACUACUGCGGCUGCUCUUGCUGCUGAUGCGGAUGCUGAUACUACUACAUCCUCGACCUCGCAAACGCAAAGGGUCCCAACCCAACCUCAGCCUCAAAUGGCAGAUAAAAUCGCCAAGUCUGGGUUCGAUGCGCGAACCGGGCCGUACUGCGUGUACGCCAACAUUCGCACAUUAGUUUCGCCCAGGGGCUUUAUGUGUAUGGUUCAUAGCUGUGGACGGGCAGAUUAG